AGAGCUGAUAGUAGCUGAUAGUAGCUGGUGGUUAAAGCUAAGACGUACAAACAGCUCUGUAAAGUAAAAGAAACGUCAACACAGAGUAGGCAGGUUGCCAUGGUUUCAGCCCAGGAGCUCCUGCACUCCCACCGGGAGGUCCUACUGGACUGGCUGAGUGUAAAUCCCACCCCACUCCUGCGCUGGCUUGCAGACGCCGGCGUCCUGACAGCAGAACAGUACAGGGCUGUGCUUGAGCGCUCCCCCACCAACAAGGUGGCCAACGUCCUGGAGCAGGUGUGUGCGAAUGAGCAGAACAGCCAAGGGUUCCUGCAGGUGCUGCAGCAGGUUCAGGGUUAUUACUGCACACAGCUGCAUGAGUGGAUCCACCAGCACUGCACAGAAACACCACCAGAACCACCAUCAGAACCACAACCCAACCCACCAGGAGGAAAAAAGAAAACAAAAAGUCUAUUGUCUAAGUGGUUUCCCAAAGGUAAAUCUCAGGAGUUCACCUUACCUCAGAAGGACGAAGCAGUAAACAACACGAAGAACCUGAAAUCAGUCGGCAUGAAAGUCCCUCUAAAUGCUCACAAGAACACUCUUCUCCGUCAGACUGAGAGACUCAUGAGUUAUUCUGAAGGAGAAGGACAGGACUCUAGCUCCCACGCCCACAUCGACAUCCGCUACACCGAGCUGUUUGUCACUGAAGAUGACGAAGGGGUAACCCAUGGCCAGCACGAAUAUUUCACACUUGCCAGCCGUCGGUCUCCAAUCUACCCCCACCAGACCUGCAGAUUAAUCCAGCCCCGUGACCUACUAAACCCUGGAUCUCAAACGGGAUGUUCCCCACAGCGGGUGAAGGUAAAGGGCAUCGCUGGGAUUGGUAAAAGUGUGGCUAUGCAGAGGCUUCUGUAUGAAUGGGCUUUGGGAAAACACCUCCAGAAUUUCUCCUGUGUGUUUGACCUUCGUUUCCGUGAGCUCAAUCUGAUAGACGGCCCUAUAAGCUUGCAUGAGUUGCUAGCAUCCCGAUUCCUGUACCUGCAAGACAUUCUGCUAGACUUGUUCAAGCACGCCAAAUCUUUGCUCUUCAUCCUGGAUGGACUGGAUGAGUUUAGACACCGUCUGGACUGGAAUAGUAAAGACAGGGACUUAACUGUAGAAUCAAAAAUUCCUGUUCCAGAGCUGCUAGUUGCCCUAGUUGGAGGAAACCUCCUUCCGGAGUGCUCGGUCAUCCUGACUACAAGACCAUCCACAGAUGCACCCAAGCGGUUCUUUCCACGUUGCUGCGUGGUCCUGGGGUUUCAAGAGAAGCAUGUUGAAGAGUACACAAUGAAAUUCUACAAGGAUCCUUUAGUGGCUGAGAAGGUCUUUAGCUACAUAGUGAGGAAUGACAACUUGUUUGCCUUGUCCUUCAUUCCCCUCUAUUGCUACAUCAUAUGUUCUGCCCUAGCCGAGUUCUUCUCCACAGACCACAACAAUGAGGAAGAGUCCCUCGACCUCAAUCCCCCGAGAACAGUCAGUGAGGUUUACUACUUUUACCUCUACACCACCAUAAAGCAUCAUGCACUGAAGGACAAAGCUGAGACAAACUCACGGCCACAGAUUCUGGCGGUAGUGAAAGAGCAGCUCAUGAACCUGGGAAGGAUGGCGUAUGAAAACCUGCUGAGGAACAGGAUCCUGUUUGACAGGGAAGAUUUGGAGAAAUUUGGCCUUGAUCCCCGAGGUAUCCGGAGCACCUUCCUUAGUCAGAUCCUUGUGUCCGUGAAGGAGGAGAAGGUGGAAAUGUUUGCUUUCUUCCACUUGACAAUCCAGGAGUACCUUGCUGCCUUAUUCUGUGUGGUCAGCUUCUCCAGUUACACAGAAAUCCUGACAGGACUUGAUUACUGGUGUUUUGGAGAACUUCGACCACCGGCUGAGAACCCUCCCCUCACUCUCAACCCUUUGCCUGCUGGAGAUGAUCUAGAGUGUCCUCGUGUGGAGAACCUGCAGAUGUUUACCCGAUUCUUUUCUGGGCUGUUGAGGGCUCGGCUCUCAAGGCUACUAGAGGGGAUGGUGGAAAACAGUUUUGGGGGUGAUGAUGGGGAAUUGCCCUACCAGCUUGGUGAUUGGUUUCAGUGCCAGUUUAAAAACAGGAAUCUCCCCAAUCAGAUGACUCUGAACCUCCUCCACUGCCUGAUGGAGCUGCACUUGCAGGAGACCACCGGCAGGGCAGCACCAGAGAUUAGCAGGCUGAACCUGUUUAAGAUGAAGCUGAGUGUGGUGGACUGUGCCGCUGUGCAUUAUGUACUGCAGUUCUCUAAACACCUCCUGAAGGAGCUAAACCUUGGCUACUCCAACAUCGGUAACAAGGGCUUCAGCCGGCUCGGGCCAAUCCUUCAUCGCUGCGAGUCACUGUACAUACGCUACAAUUGCUUGGGGACAGAUGCUGCAAUCUUGGAGUCCACAGUUCUGAAGUCGGAGGACUGUCAGGUGAAAAAGCUCUUCAUGUGUGGGAAUAAGUUGGGUCCAGAGGGUGCUCGGGUGUUGUGGGAAGCACUAGAACACAACAACAGUGUGGAAGAGGUUUAUCUGGACAUCACCGGCAUCACAGAGUCAGGCACGGAGAACCUGGUCCAGUGCCUCAGCAAGAACACAGCACUGAAGAGUUUAACUGUUGUGGGGAAUGACCUUGGCGAGGUUGGCUGGGAGCGGCUAAGGGACCUGGGCCGGGUGAGGCCGGACCUCCGCAUCAUCAGCCACUUCGUGGAUGACUUGGGGCUGCUGGAGGCCUACCUGGGCUGGGUGGAGGAGAUGCGGGCAGACCAUGACCAGAUGGAGUCAGUGAAGAACGCAGAUGCUCUCCAGUCUGUCCUGAAAGGCCUGUGGCUCAGCGAAGGAACCGGAGAGAACACAGUCAAAGCCAAAGAACUGGAGACCAAAAUCCUGCAGCUGCUGGAGAACAGUGAACUGUCAGCAUUGAGCGCAAAAUGAGGAAACUACAAACUGAAUUAACAUUUCAGUCAAACUAAUUUACAUGGAAAAAAGAAAUGACACAAGACAAAGGUUUCACUAUCAUUGUCAAUUUGUACAUGUGUAUAUUUUUUGUAUCUGCAGCAGAAAUAAACAAGUACAAUUACA